AUGUCGGCGCCGUACGGCACAGUCCCACAGCCCAACGUCGCUGGCUAUGGCACCCAGGAUUUUGCGACCGAUAGCAACCCAACAAUGAGCUCGCCAUUGGGACAGUCCGCCAUGAACCACCAGGGCGGCUCGUACAGCGAAGACUAUGAGGGCUCCUCCGUCGCGGGAGGCCUCAAUCGUUCGGCGUCGCGAGCGUCGCAGUCGUCGACGGCCAUUGGAGGCGGCGUCUCACGAAACAACACCCUCAAGAAACGAAACAGCGUAAAGAGAUCCGCCAGCUUGAAGCGCAGCGGUAGCAAGCGCAGUCUCAAGGCUGGCAGUCUGAAAGGCUUUGGCGGAGGUGUGGCCGACAGCGAAGACUUCCACAGCGCGUUCUUCACACCCGUCCCAACCACUGGUGCGCCGACCGAAAUCCUCGCCAACCGCUUCCAAGCAUGGAGACAACUGCUGAAAUCGCUCAUUACCUACUUCCGCGAGAUUCAGAGCUCUUACGACACCCGCGCCAAGGCCCUGCAUAAGGUGCAGAACACCAUCUCGAAUAUCAGCCAUCCGAGUGUGUUUAUGAGCGAUAAUGGUCUCGCAGAUGCCGCACGCAUUCUGGAUGAGUACCACAAACGUUCCAUUUCCGAAGCGAACAAGUCGAAAGAGAUCGAGAACGAUGUCAUUGGCGCGUUGACGGGUCUGAGGAGCGAUUUGGGACAGAAGAUCAAGGAGAUCAAGAAUCUAAGUGGCGACUUCAAGAACUCGGUGGAGAAGGAGAAGGAGACCACACGCAAAGAGGUUGAGAAGCUGCAGGAGGCGAUACAAUACGCAGACCACACCGAGGGCGCACUGGGCAAGGGUGAUCCAUAUGUGGUCAGACUGGGUGUGGACCGAGCCAUUGAGAAGCAGAUUGAUGAGGAGAACUACCUUCACAGGGCCUACCUCAACCUCGAAAGCUCCGGACGCGAGCUCGAGUCUAUCGUUGUUGGCGAGAUCCAGAAGGCUUACAACGCUCUUGCUGGUAUCCUCAAGCGCGAGGGCGACGAUGCCUACAAUGCGGUCGAGAAUCUGAGGGCAGGCCCAAUCGCCAUGCCAAAGGAUCAGGAGUGGUUCCAAUUUGUAACCAACGAUCCACACUUUGUCGACCCAAGCAUCCCCAUACGCCGUGUGGAAGACAUCCAGUACCCGGGCAAAAACCAUCCAGCUGCGACCGAGAUUCGAGCCGGCAUGCUGGAGCGCAAGAGCAAGUACUUGAAGUCGUACACCCCUGGAUGGUACGUGUUGUCACCUACUCAUCUACAUGAGUUCAAGUCCGCGGACAAGAUCUACUCGCAGCCACCUGUGAUGUCUCUGUACUUGCUUGAUCAGAAGCUUGGCUCGCACUCAGAAAGAGGCUCGUCCUCCCACAAGUUCAUGCUCAAGGGCAAGCAGUCUGGCGGUAUGCACAAAGGCCACAAUUGGGUCUUCCGCGCAGAGAGCUACGACACGAUGAUGGCCUGGUUCGAGGAUAUCCGCAUCCUGACUGAAAAGACCGGCGAGGAGCGAAACGCAUUCGUCCGCAAGCACGCUAGGAGCGUCAGUGGAACGAGCGACCGAGGCACGGUGAGCAGCGAUGGACUGGAAGAGGAUGAGGCAGACGCGGUACCCUACUCCGCCGACGCAGCCAGCCUGGCCGAGCAGAAUCCACCCGAGCAAAGGCCGCAACGACCGCAGCCAGGCGGACGAUUCCCGUCUGAUGUCGUACUCCGCAAGACGGGCACUAUGAGUGACGGCGCGGAUUCGGAUGAUGAUGAUAUCGCUGCGCUCGGUGUAGGCGCUGGUGUGGGAGCAGUCGGAGCUGCUGCCGCCUAUGGAAGCAAGGAUCCGUACCACAUGGAUGGGGUUCGUUCGGCGUCGGCAUACACGAGCAACACUGCCAACACCUCUGGUGCGGGUACAUAUAUCGAUGAUACCCCGUCAACCGCACCAGUCCAGACUCAGUCGUACGCCUUGCCCACUGAGGCCGCUCAGCCUGUCAACCAGCAACAACCACCAUCGUCGUCUUUUUUAGGGGGAAGUGAGCUGGACCGCCACAACUCAUCCUACGGUGACUGGAUGGCUCCAGCAGCUGCAGGUGUGGCCGGUGCAGGAAUUGGAGCUGUGGGCGUGGAUGCAUACCGCCGGCAUCAGCGUGAUGCUGAGGUCCCUCAGACCGAUGCCAUCGAUCAUGCCAACAUCGCGGCCGUCAACGCGAACAAGGAAGUUGUUCCUCCAGCCCCAGCUGCUACUUCCGCCGGUGUCGGUAAUGUCGCCGCCAUCCCGCUCGGCGGACACGAAAAGGACGGAGCCCACGAAACCGGUCAAUUCUUCCCCCAAGUCGUCAGACACGACACCGACAUCAGCGUGUCCAAACUUCACGUUCCAGGCCAAUUCCCACGCCAAGCCAGCAGCAGGAACUGA